AUGUCUGCAAAUUGUCCUUCAACACGCCUGGGACAGCAUCAAGUGGCAGGCAGGCGCACGUGGGACAGCAAGCACGCACCUGCGGCAGCACCAGCGUUGCCCUCAUGCCUCAAGCACCUCGCGGCAGCAGAAAGCACCUGGCGGCAGCAGAAAGCACCUGGCGGCAGCAGAAAGCACCUGGCGGCAGCAGAAAGCACCUGGCGGCAGCAGAAAGCACCUGGUGGCAGCAGAAAGCACCUGGCGGCAGCAGAAAGCACCUGGCGGCAGCAGAAAGCACCUGGCGGCAGCAGAAAGCUAAGUACUCACUCCUCCGUGCAGAGCACCCACCUUGCAUUCCACAUCACGCCCAUUCUGGCGUUCCCUCAUUUCGUUCGUCCAUCAAAUCUGGGCCACUGGCCGCUCUCAGCAGCCGGCCACAAGCCCCCUCUCGAAUUUCUACCUCUUCCCUCUGUUUCGCGCUUUGCCUUCUUCCAAACUUCCCCUUCCGAAGCCGCCACUCACUCGCCUCUUCACUCACUUCCUGGCCUACCCUCCCUUCUGCCCCCUUCCAGGUCACCCGGCAUGACAUCACCACUUGCUGCAGCAGUAGCAGUGGAUUGCGCAGGAGCAGGAGGGGAGGGGAGGGGAGGGGAGGGGAGGGGAGGGGAGGGGAGGGGAGGGGAGGGGAGGGGAUACGAGAUAGCAGGCCACGCCGCUUCGUCAACUGCCAGCUAA